AUGGCUGGUGCUAGAUUUCUGUGUUCCUUCCUCCUCCUCGUGACCGCUUGCUCCACCGCAGCAGCUGGCUUCGAGGGCGCCGACCUCGAGUCCUCCAUCCACCAAACCGCUGGCUACACCGGUCCCGCCCGCUCCUUCGUAGACUUUGCCCUCAGGCACGGGAAGACGUACGAGACAGCGGAGGAGAUCAAGUUGAGGUUCCAUAAUUACAGGGAGAAUCUCAAGCUCAUUCAAUCCACCAACCAGAAGGGCUUGCCUUACACUCGCUACCUGAAGAUCAAUUCGGUCAUAGUCGUUUCGACUUGUUUCGUAACCCGAAGCCGAAGAGAUGAGUAUGCUGACUGGAGCUGGGAGGAGUUCAAGACGCACAGACUGGGAGGUGCUCAAAACUGCUCUGCCACCACCAAGGGCAGCCAGCUCACCGACGCUGUUCUUCCCGACGAUGUUCUUCCCGAAACGAAAGACUGGAGAAAAGACGGCAUUGUAAGCCCAGUUAAAGAUCAAGGCCAGGACUGUGGAUCUUGCUGGAGUUUCAGCGCCACUGGAGCUCUCGAGGCUGCUUAUCACCAAAAACACGGCAAAGGAAUUUCUCUGUCUGAGCAGCAGCUCGUGGACUGCGCUACAGAUUUCAACAACCACAAAUGCAAAGGUGGGUUGCCGUCGCAAGCCUUCGAGUACAUCAAGUACAACGGUGGCCUUGAGACCGAGGAAGCUUAUCCUUAUACUGCACAGAAUGGUACCUGCAAAUUCUCGGCUCGCAGGGUCGCUGUCCGAGUUGUCGACUCUGUCAACAUCUCUAUGGGUGCUGAGGAUGAACUUAAGCAUGCAGUCGGCAUGGUCCGGCCAGUCAGUGUGGCAUUCCAGGUCGAGAAUGGCUUCCAGUUUUAUAACAACACAUCCGGUGUCUACACCAGCGAUACGUGUGGUAGCACUUCCAUGGAUGUGAACCAUGCUAUUCUCGCUAUUGGUUAUGGAGUUGAAAACGGUGUUCCAUACUGGCUUAUCAAGAAUUCCUGGGGAGAGAUAUGGGGCUACAAAGGAUACGGCAAGGUGGAGAUGGGGAAGAACAUGUGUGGUAUCGCUACUUGUGCAUCAUACCCUAUUGUGGCCUAGAUUGUUUUUAGUGAACCUAUGGACUCGAGCGCCAAGUGAUUCGAGACAUAUUUGCUUCACCUCAAGGUGGAGUACUGUAAUGUUGCAUAGAAGGGUUUAUGCUUUAGUAGGGUUUAUGCUUUAGCGUACAAAAAUAAUCUUCGGGACAAUUGUAAUUCCAUAUGGUUACUGUUAUGUCAACGAAGACCUUAUAAAUGCCAAUCUAUGUUUGCAUGGCAUGAAACCCUAUCAUUGCAAGAA